AUGGCGGCUGCGGUCCCCGCCGACUUGGACGCCGUUCCAAGGACGGACGUUCUUGACAACGUGACCAAGCUUCGCCCCAAGCCCGCCAACAAGAGGCCGCCCACCCGCCAGCGAGCUCCAGCUGCUGCUGCCGUCGCCGCCUCCCCCGCUUCUCCCGUCUCCUCCUCGGCUACAAAACAUACUGACCCCAAACCCAAGCGCCGCCGCUUCCAGUUUGGUGGCCGUUCCAAGACAUAUGCCGCAGAUCACAUUGAGCCUUCCUCAGGCGAAGAAACAGACGGCGAUGUCUUUGAAUCACACACCCCUCGCUCCAACUCAAAGCGCCACAAGAUGAGCAAAAAGGGUCAUCGUCGCGUUGACAAGGAGACGGGCGAAGUCUUUUUCAAAAACGUCAAAUCCCAAGAGCUCAUGUCUGCCAUUCAGAUGGGCAUUCGCCAAUCUAUUGGUUAUGUAAUGCAACGGCGCAAGCGCGACAUCUUGGUCCAGGACUUUGACGAAGUCGAGUCUCAAAACUACCCCCGCGAAGGCACCUCGACAACCCCAGCCCAUCACUUUGAGUCUUUCAAGUUUUCCACCUACGCCCCCGUGGCUUAUCGCUUUUUCCGUGAAAAGUUUAGCAUUGACACUGGCGAUUUCUUGAUGUCGAUGUGUGACUCGCCGCUCCGUGAGCUAUCCAAUGCCGGUGCCAGUGGCUCGCUGUUCUGGCUCUCCCAUGACGAUUUGUUCAUCGUAAAGACCGUGCAAAAGGGCGAGUCCAAGUUUUUGCGCAAACUCCUCCCAGCGUACUAUCUCAACAUUACACAGAACCAACGGACGCUCCUUCCCAAAUUCUUUGGUCACUUCUGCUACAAGAGCGCUUCGGGCCGGCACAUCCGCUUCAUCAUCAUGCAAAACAUCCUACCCUCGAACCUCUCCUACGCUGAGCGUUAUGAUCUGAAGGGCUCGACCAAGGGACGUUUUGCCUCUGAAAAAGAGCUGACGAAGAAAAACCCGACGCUCAAAGAUAUCGACUUUAUCAAGAAGCACGCCAACGGCCUCAUCAUGUCCGACCGCACAUAUGAACAGUUGGUCGGCACCAUUGAGCGUGACGUCCGUGUUCUUGAAUCCUUUCGCAUCAUGGACUAUUCCCUCUUGGUCGGCCUUUUUGUACCAUCCCGAGGCGCGCCGAGCGCCUAUUCAAGCUCCUCUGCCCAUCAGUUCACUGUGCGAGCCAAUGCGAGCGCGAGCACAAGUACCGUGCACCUGUGCACCGUUUCCGGUGCCCCUCCCGUCGAGGGGCUCAAUCUGAAUGGCGUGUACGAGUCCCGCCAGGGUCGCAGCAAGGACGGGCGCUUCAAGUUUGUGAUGGUGCAGACCACUCACAACAACCGUUCACUGGACGAGAGCGACGAUCAAACAGAUGGCACCUCCGGCCCCAGCUCCGUGACCAAACUUUACAUGAGCUUUGACGACACCAAUUCACAAUGGCUCAUUGCGCGGGACCCGGAAAACUUUGUGGUACUGGCCAAUCUGCAAACAUCAGCCAUGUUUCCAAACUCGGCCGAUGCGGCUUGGCAAGUCAAGGACGGCGAUCACUUUCGGGCCGUUCCCGCCAUGGAAUCACGGUGUCGCGAGCGUGAAGUUGCCGUGAACCCCAUUGCCAGCAGCAAUGCUGCGGCAUCGUCACGCAUGCGCCGGCGCAACAGCAUCGUCUUUCAGACAGUAGAUACGAGUGAUGGCGAAGAUGAUGAGCAGCUCAUGAACGGAAUCCCCGCCUACAACAGUGAUGGUCAAAAAGUAUACCUCUAUGUGGGCAUUAUUGAUAUUUUGCAAAAUUACGGCACGCGCAAAGCGCUCGAGCAUACUUACAAGUCCAUGAUCUAUGACGGUGACACCGUUUCCGUGCAUCGCCCUGACUUUUACCGCGAGCGCUUCCUGCGAUUCAUGACGGACCAGGUGUUCCGUCCAAGCGGUGCAGCUUCCGGGCCGGGCUCCCUGCACCUGACCCACCGGCCUGUCAACGGUGCCGGGGCGAACGCGAACCCGGUCGCAGCCACAGGUACGACUGUUGGUACGGCGGGCCGUCGGCGCCGCCCGGGCAGCAUGUCGGACACGGAGGGGCAUAGUGGGACAGAGUCGGCCGCCUCCAGCCGACCGCCAUCACAGCGAGACGAUGACCCGCGCAAACGCACCCUGCGUCCGCAACUUAUGACCGACGAGGACCUUGAGCACAUGCGUCGCGCAGCCGUUCCGUCGACUCGCCGCCACUCAUCCUCGGCAGCGCCGCCCAAGCACUCUCCGACUACACGCCGUCGCCUUCCGCACAGCGACUCCAUUGAGGAGCAAACUCCAUCGGAUAGUGGGGUGUCGCGACCCCCACCUUUGGAGCAGCUGGGUGACGCGCUGGCCCACGCUUCACACGAGGCUGCUUCAGCCCCCGCCACACCCACCAAGAUUACAGUUCAGUCGUGGCGUCUGAGCAAGGAUGACGAUGAGGAUCAAGGUGACGAGCUUGAGAACACGACGGCAGCGGGUGCAGAUGUUAGCGCGAGUGAGAGCGAGACGGAAGCCACGGCUACUGGACCAGAGCUUGGCGAAAAUAUGGCUGCGCACGUGGGCCGCCUACCCAAUGUGUCUCCGCGCGGCCCUGCCUCGAGCUCACCCGUUGGCCGUGGGGCCUCGAUUCCCGGCUCACCACUGGCUAAUGUCACGGCAGCACCUCGCGCCAAGGGCGAAGGUGAGGGAACAACAGCCCCCCAAAUAGCGGCCAGUUCUGCCUCCAUGGCUACCACACUGCCACCAGCCGCUCGUUUGUUGCUGCAUGACUUUGAAGAGGACUCGGAGCCGGAUGGCCCGGCCAGCCCAACCAGCCCAACCGAAGUUCGGAAAAACGAAGCGCGUACCGUGUCCUCAUCCGAUGACGGCGAAUCGCCUGACGCAGCCGCGUCUGGGCAAGAAACCCUUGUUGCUGAUGUACCUUUGCCAGGCGCGCCUGUGCGUGGCGCUGCGAAACAGCGUUUAGAAUCGCCGAUCGAACCGCGCCUGGAUACUUUGGAACACGUGGAUGUUGAUGCCGUGGAUGCGACCGAGUUGCAUCACCAAGACCAGGACUCCGUGAACAGCGCUGGCGCUUCCUCGCAGCCAAAAACGAAGGGCGAGGUGGCAGAAACAACACAGGGCCACGACAAGACUGGUGCUCCAACCUUCGAGCUCGACCAGUCCGGCACUCACAGUGAUGAGGACGAUAUUUCUGAAAUUUUGGUUUGA